CUUUUCGAUAUCAAUUAUCUUUUAUAAAUUAUUCACGAUUAAUAUUACGAAACACCCUUGUUAAUGAUGUAUAAAGUUCAAUUAUAAAUGAAACGCUUCCUGUGAAUCUAAUUAAGUGGCUAAAUUCAAAAUGUCUUCGAUAUUAUUCUCAUUACCCGAUUUAUUUAAUUCUUACAAAGCUUGGGUUGUAAAAAAUCCACAGCAUUUAAAUGAUUACGAAAUUACAGCCAAGUGGCUUAGCUACUUUAUAGCAGGGAGAAUUAAUAACUCUCAUGUUGUAUCUGAGCUGGUUUACUGUCUUUCUAACUUAUUGGUGUUCUUUAAUGAUAGUAUAUUAAAUAAAGCAAAGCACAUAAAUUUACCAUCUUCUGGGGAUACUAUAAAGGUCUGGUUAACAAUUGUUGAAUAUUCCGAGGUGUUUUUUGAGUUAUCUGCUAUGAAGUUAUGGGGCAAAGCUGGAAAAUGGCUUGUUAUUGUAGCUGUGCAAGUUUUCAAAUGUAUAUCAAGGCUGAUACUUGUUUAUUAUCACAAAGAAGCAAUCAUACAGACGCCUCCGAUUUCACAAUUGGACAGAAAAAAUUUACAUAGAACCAAACCAGUUAAUGAUGUUAUGCAGUUUGAAAAUUCCACUUUUACUUUAAAACACAGUGGACGAGUAGUUCGUAAGGUAGAAAAUUCACCUCCCAUAUCAACAAGAGAUUGGAAGCCUUUACAAGCUGAGGUUGUUGAUGAGGCAGAAGACUUAGUUUUGAAGCGAAAAAAAAUAAUUGCUGAGACAAUUUACAUAGCCAAACCAUUGGUGCAUUUGGCAUCUAUGGGAACAUUUGGGUCAAGGGCAUGGAAACCCUGGUUAAUUUCUCUUGCAAUGGACAUGACAAGUUGGCAACUUUACAACUCCUGUAAAAAAAGCAAGUUAAAUUCGCUGUCCAACGAGCAAAAGUUGCAAAUUUCCAAAAGGACAGUGGCCUUACUUUUGUAUUUGCUAAGAUCACCUUUUUAUGAUUCUUAUAGUAAAGAUAAAAUAAAUAGUUUUUUGAUGGCAAUGAGUAAUAAUUUGCCUUUGGUUGGUAUGGUUUGCAAUCCCUUAAGAGAGUACUUACCAUUCUGGCAGUCCAGUUAUUUUUAUAUGUGGUCAACAUAAGAUUUACAAAGGGUUUGGGGUAGGUUUAAGGCUAAGAUUAUUGUGAUGGAAUUAUUUAUUAUAUAAAUAAAAUAUAGAUAGGU